AUGGAGAGCUCUCGCGUCGCGAUCUCAGGGUCGCGAGGGGUCGGCCUAAGCUACCUGCACGCGCCGCGAGCCCGGAGGCUGCACGAGAACCCGCGCGGCGAGAUGUCUGGAGCCCGGAGCGCCGGCGGCUCGACGAGCCGCUCGCGGCGAUGCGCCGUGUGGGAGGACGAAGUGGCCAGGAGCGCGCUCCUUUGA